AUGGUCUGGCUUGAUGAAGAGAAUCCAGACAACUUGAACAGCUACUGCUAUUUCUAUUGGUUGACCACCACCUGUGGACGGAAAUUUCAUACGAUGCUGGCCCCGAACUUCUUCCGCGGCGAGACAACUGGUAUCUUUAGAGUGGAAGAUCUGCAGAACUUCUCAUCCACUGGGGCAACUGCCUUCGCACCUGGGACAGGGAGCACCGAGUUCCUCAAUUUUCGAUCGGAGAUUCAAAACCUCACAAGUCCACGCGGAGGUGACAACUUCACCGAUGUGCAUAUUUCUGCGGAUUAUGCCGGUGUCAAGAUGGACGUUCAAAUGACUCCGACGGGCAAGAAUUUGUACAUUGGGGGCGCUGGUGGCGUAACGAUCUCACCCAAGAAUGGUGGAAACUCUAAUCAAAAUGACUAUCGCACGCUUGUCCCAGGAUAUUCUUGGUAUUGGGGCAAUCCAACUCUCAAGCUUGAAGGAACUAUCACGGUCGGUGGAGAAAAACUGGUAAUUGACUCAGAUCAGUCCAGAGGCUAUUUCGAGCGCCAGUGGGGCGAGUUCGGGAUUGCUGGAGGUCACUACGGAUAUUGGCUCUACCUUUCCAACGGUAUCCUGAUCCAUGGCUGGGUUGUAGGCCCAACAAUCGAGAAGCCUUUCGGCAUUCCUGCCUGGGCGACGAUCUGGCACCCCAAUGGCAUUCACGAGGUCCUUGAAGUGGACAACACGACAAAGGGAAUGAAUCCAUGGACAAGCGAAUACAGCGGAAACAACUAUUUCCAAGAUGUCGAGUUGAACCUUUCUCAGCGCAACGCAUCCUUCAACAUCCACCAGGUAAUCAAGAACGGCGAACUCGGCCCACUUCCAGGUACCAAAGGAUACAACAUCAGUGAGGCUUAUGCUCAAGGGGAUGGCAUCUGGGAGAACGAACGAGUUACCUUCUAUGGCCAUCUUGAGCAGCUGUCGUACUGGUAG